CUGUAUAGUAUAUACACUAUACAGUAAACUGAGCUGAGAGUUGAUACCGUCCUCUAAAGCAUUUUGUGUACUAGGCAAAUUUACAUUUUCUACAAAUCGUCAUACAAUCUGAUACAUUUUUUUUUUGUAUACAUUUUUUAAUUGUAGUUAAGUUAAUAAUAAAAACAUUUUUAUCGAAUGCCAAACUUAUUAUUUUAGUUAUUUUGUUAGGCGUGCUAUAAAGUUUAAAAUAUGAUCCUGUUAGAAACCAACAAUCGUGUUGUAGAGGAGUCUAUAACUGUUCGGAUAAAAAAUGCCUUGGCCGGGAAUAAACCAGAAAACACAAAUAUAUUCAUAUCGGACUAUGCGGGCGUGCUAUUUCACAUUUCAAAUUUAGAAGGCCAAAAGAAUAUGUUACGAGUGAGUAUAGCAUUAAAGUUUUACGCUGAACUCCAAGAACAUGGUGCUACAGAGCUAUUGAACCGUGUGUAUGGUUCUUAUGUUACUGAACCAGAGUCUGGUUUUAACUUUUCUUUGCUCGUCGACUUGGACAAAAUCCCUGACAACUGGGAAGAAUUAAUUAAAAAAAUUGGUCAACUGAAGCGAAACUGUUUUGCAUCAGUAUUUGAGAAGUAUUUUGAUUUUCAAGAAAAAGGGGAAGAAGGGCAUAAAAGAGCUGUGAUUAAUUAUCGAGAAGACGAAACUAUGUAUGUAGAAGCAAAGUCAGAUCGUGUAACUGUUGUUUUCAGUACAGUAUUUAGAGAUAGUGAUGACAUAGUUUUGGGCAAAGUUUUUAUGCAAGAACUUCGAGAAGGUAGAAGAGCGAGCCAAACUUCUCCUCAAGUCUUAUUUACACAUAAGGAACCACCACUUGAGUUACAAGACACAAAUGCUCGUAUUGGUGAUGAAGUGGGAUAUAUAACAUUUGUUUUGUUUCCAAGACAUACUAAUCGAGCUGCACGUGAAAAUACAAUAAAUUUGAUACACAUGUUUCGGGAUUAUCUGCAUUAUCACAUCAAGUGUACGAAAGCUUAUAUACAUUCUUGCAUGCGAGCAAAGACUACCGAUUUCAUUAAAGUGCUAAACAGAGCUCGACCAGAAGCUAAAAAAUCAAAUGAAAAGAAAACUAUUACUGGCCGAUCAUUUGUUCGAAGGGACUGAUAGAUUAUAAAUAUGUUGCAUUUUUCUUAAAUUGUUUAACUAAAACACAAUAUAAUAAAUACCUAUAUUAAAUUAUUUUUAAACAAGCAUUAAUGGAUUUUAUUGUUAGUCCAGUAUACAUGUAUAUUGUUAGUUAAUAUAACUAACCAUUGUUUUUAUAUAUAAAUAAAAAAAACAAUUAAUUGAA